ACGUUAUAACUAAAAACGAAAGGGUGGUUGAAGCAGAGAUAAGUGUCUGAGUGAUAUGCAAAACAUGUCUCUCUGUGGUGCACCCUCCUCCACAACUUCACACCUCACAUCCCUUCCUUCGCUUCCUUCACUCUCUCUCAGAUUUUCCUUCACUUUCCGGGAAAACAGAAACCCAACUACACACCUUUCCUCUCACAAGCUCUCCUUUUCAGUGAGGCCUUCAAGAGUGUUGGUAAAGUCUCAGGCCACUGCACCUGCUUCUUCUGAGGCUGUGAAAGUGACACCUGUACCUUCUGACAUGAAGGCAUGGGUGUAUGGAGAAUAUGGGGGUGUGGAUGUCUUGAAGCUUGACUCCAAUGUUGCUGUGCCUGAUGUCAAUGAGGAUCAGGUCCUUGUCAAAGUUGUUGCUGCAGCUCUUAACCCUGUUGAUGCCAAGAGAAGACAGGGAAAGUUCAAGGCCACUGAUUCUCCUCUUCCGACUGUUCCGGGCUAUGAUGUUGCGGGUGUGGUGGUGAAGGUUGGUAGUCAAGUGAAGGAGUUUAAAGUGGGUGAUGAAGUGUAUGGAGAUGUAAAUGAGAAAGCUCUAGAAGGGCCUAAGCAGUUCGGGUCUUUGGCUGAGUACACAGCUGUUGAGGAGAAAUUGUUGGCACCAAAACCAAAGACUUUGGACUUUGCUCAAGCUGCUUCUCUUCCUCUGGCAAUUGAGACUGCUUAUGAGGGUUUGGAGAGGACUGGAUUUUCUCCUGGUAAAUCUAUUCUUGUUCUCAAUGGUUCUGGAGGAGUAGGAAGCCUAGUGAUUCAGCUAGCUAAGCAAGUUUUUGGAGCUUCAAGAGUUGCUGCCACUUCAAGCACUAGACAUUUGGACCUGUUGAAAAGUCUGGGAGCUGAUUUGGCUAUUGACUACACAAAAGAGAACAUUGAGGAUUUGCCAGAAAAAUUUGAUGUAGUUUAUGAUGCCAUUGGGCAAUGUGACAGGGCAGUGAAGGUUGUGAAAGAAGGUGGUAGUGUGGUGGCACUCACAGGUGCUGUUACACCACCUGGCUUCAGAUUUGUAGUUACUUCCAAUGGAGCUGUUCUGAGGAAACUAAACCCUUACUUAGAGAGUGGAAAGGUGAAGCCAAUUGUAGACCCCAAAGGUCCAUUCUCCUUUGACCAGCUUGAUGAAGCCUUCUCUUACCUUGAAACAAACCGAGCCACUGGGAAGGUUGUUAUACAUCCCAUCCCUUGAAUCAAAUACAAGGAAUAGGCAAUUUUGUUAUGUGUCUAGUAAUUAGUAAACUUCAUGUUCUAUGUAAAUCAGAGUUCAGACUAAAACUAAAAAAUAUAUAAAAUGCUUCAUUUGUACUCUCUUUGUGAUUUAUACUUUCUAUUACAAAUGUUUGAAA